AUGGAGAACAGCCCAACAAAGCGACCAGCAUCCCAGCUAAUUGCUGGGUUUGCAUCGCCUUCAGCGCCGGCCAGCUCGAGGAGUAUUAUGCAACAGUCUGUUUUAUCUGUUAGACCUCAGCAAUCAACUCACGAUGCCGAGAAAGAUGAAUUACGAGUGCAAGUCAGUACGCUCACAUACGAGCUCGCAAACCUCAAGCAGGAGCGGGAGAUGGAGGCUAUCCGGUACGAGAAGGAGACCAGAAGCCUCCAAUUAAAGGCUGAUGCGGAUUUUCGAAAAGCGCAGGCCGCCGAGUCCGCCAGCCUCCGCGCCAGUACGAAGACCGAAGCAUUAGUAAAGGAGUUGAAAGAAACCCAGGAGCAAUCACUCAGUGACAAAACGGGAUUUGAGCGCAAGAUCCGAGACUUGCAGGAUGAAAAUUCCAACAUUCAGGAAGAGCUCAACGAUACGCAAGCUCAAUUGUCCGACCAAGAGCGCCAAUUCAAGUACCAAAUUCACGAACUCGAAACGGUCCGCGCCUCGCUUCAGAAAACCAUAGAAGAGCUUCAGCACGAUUUACAAGAGGCACGCAACACCCAGCAAGCCACCCAAGAAAAGCUGUCUGAACGUGAGGCUGAAGUGGCGGAUCUGGAAGCACAAAAUAUUCAGUUGAAGGCUGACGGCAGCGAUGCGGAGGCAUUGACUAUCCUAAAGCGGGAGCUGUCUGAUCAGGUCACCCACAUCCGCGAGCUGGAAACUGCGAACCGGGAUCAGACCAUAGAACUACGACAUCUGCGUAAGGUGCAGAAGAACGUCGAAGUGGUCGAGGAGCAGAAGAAAUCGCUCGAAAAUCAGUUGCAGUUGAUGAGCGGGCUUGAGGCAGAACUUGGUACCGUGCAAAUUCAGAAACAGGUUCUGGAGGACGAGCGACAGUCGUGGGCCAGUCUCUUGCAAGAAAACGACCAGCCCAUGGAAUUUGAUUCUCCGGAGGCUGUGGUCAGGGCUCUUGUCGAAGAGCGGAUUGAGAAAGCCACACUGAUCGACCAACUCGGAACUGUUAAUGCGCAAUUCUUGGAGAAAGACGAAGUAAUCAGCAGUCUUGAGAAAGAGAAGACUCAACUUCGCCAAGAGUUGGAGAAACUCCGCACUGCAGGAAGCAUUUCUGCGGGUGCAUUGGCACCAGCCGCGGCAGAGGCUCGUGUUCGCUCCAGAUUGGAGAGACAGCGUGCCCUCGCUGUGAAGGAGGUUGAAUACCUACGAGCACAGCUCAAGACUUUUGACACGGAAGAGGAGACCAUGAACACGGAACAAACUUAUGACGAGCAAAAGUCGGCACAAAUCGCAAAGUUGGAACAGCUGGUUGACGAGUACCGGAACGAUCUUCAAAAGGCGCAUGACGAGCUUUCCAAGCAGGAGGUGCCUCCGCAACAGGAGGACGCUCAUGCGCGGGGAACGAAGCGUCCCCUUUCGCCCGCCGAUAGUGAGGCUGAAAAUGAGCGACUCGCAGUCCUGACCCGCAAGAACAGGAAGUUGCAAGAGUCUCUCUCGAAGUCACAGCAGGCCACGACCCUGGCCAAACGAGAGCUUGAUGCUGCUAAAUCACAGAUCAAGUCCUUGAAGGCCAAAUCCCACACACGGAUUUUGGAACUGCGUGAGAAUCCAACUGCAGAAGCGGAGAAGAUUAAGAUGGUCACAUUGAACACGCUGCGCUCCGAGAACCAGGCUCUUCUGGCCCAGCUCCGCAGUGAACACGCCGGCGUCAAAGUGGUGCCUAUCAGCACACUCGACAACCUCAAUCUCGAGAUGCAGGAAAUGGAGCGAACCGUGGCAGACAAGGAGAAGCGCAUGCGCCGGUUCAAGGAAAUCUUCACAGCCAAGUCCUCCGAGUUCCGCGAAGCUGUUGCCUCGUUGCUGGGAUACAAGCUUGACUUCCUCCCCAAUGGCCGUGUCCGUGUCACGUCGAUGUUCCACCUUUCUGCCGCAUACCGCCAUGGCGACAGCGACGCUCCCUCUGAUGCUCGCGGGCCUGGAAGCAUGGGUAAUGGCGAGGAAAACUCCAUCGUUUUUGAUGGUGAGAAUGGCACGAUGAAGAUCUCCGGUGGGCCGAAUAGUCUCUUCGCACUUGAGAUCAAGCCUCUCAUCAAGUUCUGGGUUGAAGAGAGAAAGGACAUUCCUUGCUUCCUGGCAGCGAUGACGCUUGACUUUUAUGAUAAGACAACCCGAGCUGCCAGAAUAUAA